AUGAGUUUUAUGAUGCUGGCUAUAUGCGGUUUAAGAACUCAUCUUACCCAAAUAGCUUCAUGGGGAAAUGAUUCAAACUGUUGCUUGUGGGAUGGGAUCACGUGUGACUCCAUGUCUGGUUAUGUGAUUAGCAUUGACCUUAGCUGUAGUUGGCUCCAAGGUCAACUCCAUCCAAACAAUAGCCUCUUCCAACUUUCUCAUCUCCAAACACUCAACUUGGCUUUCAACAAUUUUAAUGGGUCUUUGCUAUCAUCUCAAUUUGGUGAUCUUUCCAAGCUCAUGCAUCUAAACUUAAGCUGCUCUCAUUUUGCUGGUAAAAUUCCUCCUAAAAUUGCAGAAUUGUCUAAGUUGGUCUCUCUUGAUUUGUCUUGGAAUAAAUUUUUCUUGUAUAAUGAGUCGUUGAGUUUAAGACUUGAACCAUCCACUUGGGAGAAGCUUGCUCUAAACAUGACUGAUCUGAGAGAACUUGUUUUAGAUAAUGUAAAUAUGUCUUCCAUUGCACCAAGCUCCUUGUCUUUGAAGUCACUUAAUAUUUUGAGUCUUGAAGAUUGCAAAUUUGAUGGGCCUAUUCCCACAAGUUUUGGGAACCUCACUCAAUUAACUGAUCUGAACCUUGCAAACAACUAUUUUAGUGGUGAGCUUUCAUUUCUUUCAAAUCUUCAGAGUCUCACUUCAUUGGACCUUAGUGACAAUUAUUUUAGUGGUCUCUUACCAAAUUCCAUAGGCCAUUUGAAGUCUCUUGAUUUUUUGGGUCUUCAUUAUAACCAAUUUCAUGGGCCUAUUCCUACAAGUUUUGGGAACCUCACUCAAUUAACUAAUUUGAACCUUGCAGGAAACACUUUUAGUGAUGUGUUUGGAAAUCUUUCAAAUUUGAAAUCUCUUGAUUUCUCUGACAACAAGCUGCAAGGUAAUUUUCCCGAGUCAAUUUUUACCCUCACAUAUCUUUCUUAUUUGAGUCUAUCAUCAAAUAACUUGAGUGGCUCCGUUAAUUUUUACCAAUUUUCCAAGCUUCAAAAUCUAGAAUAUCUUGAUCUUUCAAGCAACAAGUUUCUCUCACUUACCUUUGAUAAUAAUCUUAACUACACCAUUCCUAAUCUUGAUGUCUUACAUUUAGAUUCUUGUCAUAUCACUAUCCUUCCGAAAUUCAUUGGCCUUCCAAAUUUGCAGCAAUUACAUCUUGAUGAUAAUAAGUUGCAAGGUCUUCCUGAGUCAAUUUUUGGUUUCCUAAAUCUUUCACGUCUAAGUCUGUCAUCAAAUAAUUUGAGAGGCCCUAUUAGUCUUCAUCAAUUCUCAAAGCUUCAAAAUCUAGAAUAUCUUGAUCUUUCAAACAACAAGUUUCUCUCACUUAGCUCUCAUAAUGAUGUACACUAUACCAUUCCUAAUCUUGCACAGUUAGAUCUAUCCUCUUGCAACAUCAAUGACUUUCCUAAACAGCUAGGAGACCUUCAAAAUGUGCAGCGGUUAAAUCUUUCCAAUAACAAAAUUCAUGGAGAUAUUCCCCAAUGGUUCAAUAAUGUGGGGAAUGGUACUUUGGAUACUUUGGAUCUCUCUCAUAAUAACUUGACAUCAGUUGAACAUCUUUCAAUGAAAAACUUGAGGUUUCUUGAUCUCAGCUUCAACUUGUUGCUAGGAAAUCUCCCAAUUCCAUCCUUUGAUGUUGAAUUCUUUUCAGUGUCCAACAACAAAUUUAGUGGACACGUUUCUUCCUCAUUUUGCAAUGCAAGCUCACUUGAGAUGCUCAACUUAUCUCACAACAACUUGUCAGGCCACAUCCCAAAGUGCCUUGUUGCUCUCCCAAAUCUUGAGAGUUUAGAUCUGCAGAUGAAUAAUUUUGUCGGAUCUAUACCAGACAACUUUUCCAAGGGCAAUUUUUUACAAUUUUUGCAUUUGAACAACAAUCAAUUUGAAGGACAGUUGCCUUUGUCUUUGACCCAUUGCAAGCUAUUAGAAAUUUUAGAUGCGGGAGCAAACAAGAUCAAUGACAGAUUUCCUAAUUGGCUUGAAGGCUUACCAGAGCUACAGGUACUCAUUUUAAGAGAUAAUAAGUUCUACGGUGCCAUUCAUAGUUCCAACACCAAACAUCCUUUUCCCAUGUUAAGAAUUUUUGAUGUUUCCAACAACCAUUUUGGAGGAUCUUUGCCAACAACAUACAUCAAGGAAUUUAAAGGAAUGAUGAAUGUUGACUUUGUUUCAGCCAGACUAGAUUACUUGGAAAACUUGUAUGGAUCUCGUUAUUAUCAAGAAUCAGUGAUGAUCACAUUGAAAGGUGUUGAUUUGGAGUUGGUAAAGAUCAUAACUACAUUCACAUCCAUUGAUUUGUCAAAAAACAUGUUUGAUGGAGAGAUUCCACAUGUUCUUAGUGAGCUGCAUUCACUUAAGGGGCUUAAUCUCUCCCACAAUAAAAUCACUGGUCCUAUUCCUCAAUCCAUCGCAAACUUGACAAACCUAGAAUCGUUGGAUUUAUCAUCAAACUUGCUUAAAGGUGAGAUUCCUCUUGAACUAGCUGAUCUCAACUUUCUUGAAGUUUUGAAUCUUUCACAAAAUCAACUUGUUGGAGAAAUACCAAGAGGUAAGCAGUUUGAUACAUUUUCACAACAUUCUUUUGAGGGAAAUUUAGGACUGUGUGGAUUUCAAUUGUCAAAAGCAUGUAAUCAUGAUGAAGGGAAAUUGCCACAAUCAACUUCAUCAAGUAAUGACAAAUUUGGAUUUGGUUGGAAACCAGUGGCUUUGGGAUACGGAUGUGGGAUGGUGUUUGGAAUAUUCAUGGGUCAAGUUGUUUUCUUAACUGGAAAACCUAAAGGGCUUGUCAGAAUUUUUCAAGCUAGGCCUAAGAAACAAGCAAAAAGGACAAGGAAAAGAGCCCAUCAGAAUCAAAGAAGAGUGAAUUAG